AUGAUGGUGAACAAAGAUGGCUUUGUGAUGGCAGGGCGGCGAUGGUUUUUGUUCGCUGUUGGCCUCUUUAUCUUACUGUGCAAACUUUGCCAAGGUAGGCAUGUAAUGAAUACUACUAAGGACUUAGAUCUGUCGGGUAGAAAUCUGUCGGACUAGUAUGGAAAACACUUGGAACUUUUGAGUAGCGCUCAUGAUGAAGGGAGCAUGCAUGCAUCAAACGUUACAGGGAUUUCUGUAUUUUUUUCAGCAAAUAAAAACAGACUGUAGCGCCCGGUGACUUAAACAAAAGGUUUGCGCCAUAACGCGAACAUAUUAGUAAACACAAAUUCAGACCUAAAAAUUAAAAAUACAUUUCUCUUCUUGGCAGCAAAAUCGGAAAAUAAAAACUGAUUUCUUGUGUAAGUCCAAUAUAAAACUUCUGUAGAUUUCAGAGAACGUAUGGUGUCGCACAAUGUGAUAAACUUCAAUCGCGGUACAAGACAAUCUCGAUUUGCAAAACACUUUUGGAAUUUUUAAACAAUAAGUAAAUUAUAUGGCAUUCCAGUAUAUAAGAUGACAAAAAUUUCCUGCAAGGUUUAAGACAAUUUCUUGCGAAGAUAUUUAGUUGACAAUUUCCUGACGGCGGUGCUGCCAGCCAUUUUCCAGGACUGUACAAGUUUUCCCAUAUUAUCAGUUACAAUAUCAAUAUUUGAAAUAAUAAUAAUGAUAGAUAUAUAGUACAUACCUGGUACCUUCAGGCAGGCGAUCAAUUUCCAAGGGUCCACACAAUAGCACUUCUAAGGGUAACUGGCCCCUAAAAGUAAAUACAGAAAUAUUGUUGUUGGAGUAGAUAUGCAUUAAUAAUCCAAUUGAUGAUAUGUCAUAAUGCAACACUACGUCCCCUGGCAGGAAGUGUUUAACACUGAGUCAAUUCCAUCAAAUAUUUUUUAUAAAUCCUUCAAAACUUAUAUAUACCUAUGCAAAAUUCCUACUGUGAUCACAGAAACUUCGAUAGUGUAAACCAGUCUUCCGGUGCUUAUCCCAGCCUAUCAUGUCAACAUUUCCUGUGGGAGGAAACCGGAGUACCCAAAGAAAACCCACAUCAUUAUUCGGUAGAGCGUCGCAGCGAGAGUCGAACCCAUGAUUUUAGACGUGAAAGGCGCUUGUUUUGACGAUUGCAGCACCGUACUAAUGUAGACUACUUAUAUACAAGCUUCUCUCUAAUCUCGUCUUUAGCAAAAAGAACAAUAUGUCUGCCACAGCCCAUAAGAAACGAUGUUACGAUUCUUGGAGGUAUAGAAGCGGGGAAUUUCUAUAGAUUUGGAAAUACAACAAAAGAUAUGAAGGAUUGUUUACGCAAAGCAUGUAACAGUCAACAAGGAAACAUCGCUUAUUUUUAUCAAAACAAUUGUUUCUCUGUUAUAUGCGCUAAACUGCACUCGUGCGACUUGGAACCAUCAGAAAAUUUAGGAGUGAAAACGUAUGGGGCUCUUUACCGUAUCAUAGGUAAGCAUAUGGCUGAUAUAUAAUGGACAACUUGCAUGUUAGACUAAAUUUUAAUCUAAGUAAAGAGAAGGGAAUCAAACACCACAGCUAAAAAGAACAUAAUAAAAUUAAUAAAAUUGCCAAAUUUGGUUGCGAAAUGUUGUAAAGCUUGGAAAAUAUAGUCUUGCAAAGUUUGCAAAUUUUGUAUAUGUUUGUAUUACGAGCGGAAAUCGUUACCAUUUUCGGCUUAAAAUGGUAACAAUUUCCGCACGUAACACCUGCUUGCUUAUAUAACAAGCUAAAUAUUCUCUAUAAUAACAGAUAAAUAUUCUCUUCAUUUUUUAGCUGCAUAUCCUGAAUUCACGAGCGCACGACACGUUAAUGUGUUAGAAGACGCGCCAUAUUUAAAAGAAGUGCUUCGGUUUGAAGCCACGGCAGAAAGCAGAACAAGGAAUAAGGAAAUGAUGAGCUAUGAAAUAAUAAGAGGUAUUCUGUUAUAGCUUAUUUUUUUAGAUAAAUAUAUUUUUUGAUUAUAUAUUUAACAAAUAUAAAACAUUUUCCGUGUUGAUAUACAGUUAUAUCAACACGGGUGGAAAUUGGGAAAACGAGAAAUUGUGUGGAAACACGACGCCUGAAUGCGGAGUGUUUUCAUACAAUUUCGAGUUUUCCCAAUUUCCACGAGUGUUGAUAUAACUAUAUAUCAAUACGGAAAAAAUGUUUUAUAUUUGUUUUAUAAUAUAGCACAAAGAAAUAUAAGGAAAGAAAUUUUCCGACGUUUCCGUGUUGACAUUGAGUUAUAUCAACACUGCUCUUAGCCAAUCAGCGUUCAGAAUUUCCAAAUACUAUAUUAUAAUUACCAAUAUAACAUUAUUUAUGGGGAGUUAAUGACAUAGUUGUUAGUGCCAUUAUAAAUAGUUAGUUUAAUUAGGAUCGUAUUGGACCUCUAGGAAGAACAGUUCAGAACAGACAGAGCUAUCCAUUAUAAAUAGUUAGUUUAAUUGGGCCCUUACUAGACCUCUAGGAUGAACAGUUUAGAAGUGAUGGAGUUAUCCAUUAUAAAAUGAGUUUAAUUGGGCUCUUUCUGGAGCUCGGGGAAGAGCAGUUCAGAACUGAUAGAGUUAUCGAGUAUAAAUACAUUUAGUCCUCCAGUAGUACAGUAGCACUGACCCAAUAAAUUGGGCUCUUACUAGACCUCUAGGCAGAGCAAUUUAGAACUGAUAGACUUAUCACUAGAUAAAGUUAGUUUUGGUUUCAAAUGCACUACUCAGUCAUUGACAAUCAGCAAUUCUCUCCUAGACAAUCUUGAUAAAACAUUCCGUCUCUAUCCACUAACUUCAAACUGGGGUUCCACAAUUCGUUUACUCAAGACUCUCGACCGCGAGAACAUCUCUACAUAUAACCUAGAGAUCAGAGCAAAAAAUUUGAAAGAAAACGUCACCCGUGUGCUCAAUAUAUCCAUAAAUGUCCUCGAUGCUAAUGACAAUCCCCCAGAGUUCCUGAGAUCCCCAUUUGUAUUCAGCGUAUCCAGCAAUAUAUCUGUGGGUUCUCUGAUUGGUCGACUGGUUGCCACGGACAACGACACUGGUCUACAAUCGAAACUGGAGUAUACUAUUAAAGGACAAUCUGAGCUUAUUACAUACAGCAAAGACACAGGCGAGGUUCGACUCGGAAAAAAACGAAAGGUAGACGCGGUGGAAAAAAAUGACUAUGAUAUAACGGUCACAGAUGGACUGUACACGACUAAAGGCCGGUUAAGGAUUGUACUGUAUCCAAAUAACAUCAAUCGGCCGGUCUUCGAGAAAACUUCGUUCGAAGUUCGGCUUAACGGGCAGAUACCGUUAGAUACCAAAGUUCAACGAGUAUCGGCGACCGAUCCCGAUUACGGGAAACUUGGCGAGUUGACGUAUGUGAUUUUAGAUGGAGAUGAUGAUGAGGUUUUUAUGGUAAACAAUGAGGGGGUUAUUAGGACUAGGGGUAAAAUCCCGUAUGAUAGUGAGGUCUAUAAUCUGACGAUUGGUGUCCAUGACAACGGCUACCCAGAACUUGAUGCGAUCAAGCCUGCAAAUGUGGUUGUAUUACUACAAUGGUUACGUUUCAAGCAGGAUAUUUAUGAGAUCACAGUUAAGGAGGAUUUAGAGCUGCUUGAGACCGUUUUCACAGCAAGUGCAUCGCUAUGGGUUGGAGGUAUUCAAGUUAUGGCUGGUCAGCGGAAGAGGUCUACGGGUGGAAUUAAUUAUUAUUUGGAGGGAGGACUGGAGAGAUUUACGAUGGAGGAAACGUCAGGAGUGAUUACACUACAUGAAGUAUUGGAUUAUGAAACGCACAAGGUUUAUAUGUAAGUUGACAUCAUAUAUUCACGCUUCCCGAUCAGGGUUUUUUUCAGGGAUUUUUUAGGGCCGUUAAACGGCCCCAAAAACUCAAUCUUGAAUUGAGUUUUGAAACUCAAUCUUCUCACCAAAGUUUCAGUGCAGUAAAAAUGAAGUUGUUUGAGUUAAAUUCGUGACGUGUGGAAAUUAGUUUUCAGUUGGAAGCUCGACAAUUAAGAAAAAAUGGCUGGAAUUCAUCUCACAACACAAGAAAAACUAUGCAUUCGCCAUCUUUAACCAGUUUAUAGUGUCCCUUAGUGCCCCUGCUUUAACAUAUUCCGUCUCAACUACAUUUAUUGAGUACAGGUGUCAGCCCCCCGGUAGGGGGGGGGGGGUGCAGCCACCCCAGCUGUUCAGCUAAACUCAAUCUUCUCUGCAAAAACGGACCCAAGAGAAAAUCCUGAAAAAAACCCUGCCGAUCAAACGAGAACAAGAGUUGCAUGACAGUUGAUGAGAGUUGAGAAGCGAGAGUUUGCAUGAGAAUUUUCUCAACUCUUAUGCCCAGGUCAAACGAGAACAAGAGUUGCAUGAGAGCUGAUGAGAGUUGACUGGAUAUUAGUGCGCGCAUAUAGCAAAAACUUCUAUCAACUCUCAUCAAAAUUUGAACCAGUUCAAAGUCUGCAAUGAGAGUUGGUGGAUAAACGUGUGAGUUGCAACUCUCUUCAACCCUCAUUCUCGUUUGACCGUGGCUUUAACGUCCAGGAAUUCCUCGUCAUAUAUCGCAUUCCACAUCUAAGCUCCGCUAAAAGUUUCUAAACAUCUUUAAACAGAUUGACGGUGAAAGCAGAUUAUGAAAGUGCGGACUCGACAUCCAUAACAACCGUCUUGUCAGGUAAGAACAAGAAACUUCUAUAUAACUAUAAAAAAUGCCACAUCUCAAACAAGAUCGACUACAUAUUUUCUCUCAGAAAUAAUAUAGAAGUCAUUCUGCAGAGCGUUAAAGAAAAGACAAAUACUAACAUUUCAAAAUACAACUUUAAACGAGUCAGCAAGCUAGGCAAUAUGCUGGAAUAAAGAAGAACCAUCUCUUACUAUUCUUUUCAUUCCCUGUCUUCUAGCCAAAGCGAUACUUCGCGUGGAGAUACUGGAUGUCAAUGACAACCAUCCCAAAUUCUCACAACUUCAUUACACUCAAGACGUGUGGAUAUCAUCCAUUAUUAACUCGCCAGUUCUCAAAAUUAAUGCGACGGACCCGGACGAAGGUCGCAACGGUCUGGUCCAUUUCGAAGCAGUUUCUGGGAAUUUUAAUGAGACCUUCUCAUUUGAACCCGAUGGAAUUGUGUUUCUGAAGAAAUCUUUAAUACACAGCGAGGUUAGAAUACAGGCCUAGGGUGCGAUAAUUCGCGUACUUACGGACUGGAGGUACACCAAUAUUACGCUCUGGUACUUCUAUUUUGUCAGCCACGUACCACGUAGGUACGCAAUACUCUUCUCACCUGCGUACUUAACUUUUUGUUUGUACCAUUUGAUCUAUCCAAGCCCAAGUUAUUCAAGACCAGAACUUAGUCGAUGUGUGCAAGACUCAAUAAAACAUACGUAACAGAGAUGAAGGCUUUUCUUUCCUAAAAUUUGCCGUAUAUUUACAGGAUAUUACCGAUAUUUUUAUUAUAACCACAAUACAGUCUGUUUUACUCUAAGAUAUUGUGAAACAUAAACAACUAGUCUACCGGACAUGUGACACAUUAAAACGGAAUUACAGUUAAGUUCUUUUGUUAUAUAUUGUAUAUUGUCUGACGAUCCUUGCGCCACAUAGGCACAUACUAAACAGACAAUGGAAAUCUCGUCAAAACAAAUCGACCAAUCAUUAGACAAUGUGACCUAUAAACAUGAACAACUACAAACACGCAGACACUCCUGUAUCAAGCUAUCAACCGCAUAACUCCGUAUUCCACAAAUCGAACUCCGGACACGUGCGAAUAAUUACCACUUUCUCACCAACACUUCAUAAUUUUUACUCUCUUUAGCAAUCGACAUUCAACAUCACUGUGGCAGCAUGGGACAGCGGUGAACCAGAACCAAUGAGAUCAGAGAGAACUGCCAGCAUUAUCAUCAACGUCCGUGACUGCGUGCCCAAGACACCCAAAUUUGCCAGAGACUCGUACACCUUGCUUAUGUCAGAAGGCGUGGACAUUGGUUUCCCCAUAUAUCAAGUGAACGCAAGUGUCCCAGACAAGCGAUGGAAGGUUACGUAUUGGUUUAAAAAUUUGGACGGGAAGAUGCCGUUCCGUGUAGACCCUGGAACCGGGUGGAUAUACACCACAAAAAGACUGGAUCGAGAAGAGAAAGAUAGGUACUUGCUGCAUUAUAUGGCAAGCGCAGGUAAGGAUGGACUCAGAAGUCAGACCCUGGCUUGCGAGGUUGGGAUAGAAGCCUUUAAUUGAAAAGUCAGGUUUUCCUUUUUGAAGAUCGAUUAAACAGCCAAAAUAUUUUGGAAACAAACCAGUAAUUCUGGUUGUUUAGACACAAACAGGAGCUUAUUUGAAUGACAGAUACCAGCUCAACCUUUUUGUUUGCACGUUUUGAGGACACACGUGCACCUGCUGGAAAUGGUCAGAAUUUUACAUUAGGAUCAGACUUGUCUCGAAUAAGGGCAUCAACUCGUAUGUCCUGAGAGAAUAUUUUCAAUAAAGUUGUACAAGCACAAUACUGUACAUUCAAUUUAAAACUUUAGGCAACUCAAUAUUUUACCUUAAAUGUGUUGUGAAGAAUCACUCAACUGAUACAUAAGGUCAAUAAUUAUCUCGCUGCAUCUAUUUCUAGACCUAGGUCGGACAUCUCUGGCAACGAUGGUAAAUGUAACAAUCCAACUGGGAGAUGAGAACGAUAAUAGACCAACAUUCUCUCAUUCUUACUACUCGACCGUGGUGACGUCACACGAACUGGGAAUGAGUGUUCUAACUGUUCAAGCGAUAGAUAAAGAUGAUGGAGAGAAUGGGAGAGUUACGUAUGGCAUGGUCAAGGGACAAGAUAAACAUUACUUCACCAUUCAUAGCAGGUUAGAUUGAAAAUAAAUGAGCAAAACCAGCUCUAUUCAUACUGGAUAACCAGGCGUGCGAGCAUGGCACCUUUUGAAUUUGUGCAGGCACAUUUUAAAAUCUUAUUAAAAUCUUGACAUUUUGAAUAGUACUUAGUCAUACCAAAAUCCGGUGUGCUCAUGAGCAUGCUCAUAUACAUACCAAGAGUAAAGAUAAAACCAGUUUCCGGAUGGACUAAAAUGGAUGUAAGAAAAGCUUCGAGUAAAAAUAAAAAAUAGUUCUUUAUCUAGAAGAAUAAAUAAAUUAAGACAAACAAUACUGAAAAAAUCUUAACCAUAUUUUUUCCAUUCACUUUAAGGACUGGUGAACUUAAAACUAGAGAGCAUUUACCUGCAACAUCCUUGCUGGCACGGAAGAUCUACAUUUCAGCCAAAGACCAUGGAACUCCAUUAUUAUUUUCCUCGAAACCCGUUCCUGUGUUCGUCUUCAUUGGCUCGACAUUUCCCAUCACUGUGGAAACGGUGAAACGAACUACAUCAACAAUAAAAUUGAGGUUUACCAUGAUUAAUGUCAGUUUGGCAGAUAUCAGUCAUAUUGGAGUCGUUGUACAGGGAGUUGAAAACAUAACCGGCUGUAAGUACAGAUUGGGCAUACACUCUUAUCUCGUACCUAGCGUAUUAGCAGCUGUCCUAUUGGCUACGAGGAGGUGCGUUAAAUCUUGCAACCCACUAGCCUGCUCACAGACGUUGUAGUUCUUACGCCAAGCGACGAAAUCGCUUGGCGUAAGAACUACAACGUCUGUGAGCAGGCUAGCAACCCACAUGCUGACACCUCAUUUCGCUCGGUGAGUUCGGGAAACUUUCCUCCAGCCACCCACGGUGCGUCCAAUCCCGGACUCACCUCCCUGCAAGUAUGUUUGUUAUAGAACCCCUAUUAGGCGAACACCUUCGGGACCUCGCCAAUGUGUCCACUUUAAAGGGGAGUGCUCAAGAGAGGUGUCCGUUAAUAUGGGUUCGACUGCAGAUAGGUUUACUAAACACUAAGCAGACGAUUAGUACUAUGCCCCAAAAUAAACCUAUAUACCUUACAUUGGCAUCAUCUUAGUAUAUAUUAUACAUGAAGUUGUGGUUAGAGCCCGACAACUGGUCUCUGUAGCUCAGUUGGUUACUAUUAGAGCGCUGCACCGGAAUCGCAGGGUUACAGGUUCGAUUCCUACGAGAGGACCUAGUGUUUCAUUUUUCCUGGUUAGGUCUACCCGAUAACACUCAAUCAAUAAUUUUGCAGACAAAGAGGUCACGAAGCGCGAUAUAGUAUCGUGGCAUUACGUCAACACUGGGCAAGAUAACGGUGCUUAUGCACAGCGGUAUAUGACAGGAAAGGUCACGUGCACACCGAAAAUAAGGAUGAAGAAAACGUUCGACUUUACAGUGGGCUCAGAUGGUGAUAAAUGUAUCAAAACUAAGGAGAAAUUUUGUAAUGGAAAAUUGCAAGCAGAAAAAAAUUACAGGUUGGUUUUAUGAUUUAGUCAAAUAGGGUCUCUGUAUUGCAAGUUUACAUGUGGGUUCACUAAAAACGCUCAAUUUUGGUACCCGUACCAUUUUUAUCCUUAUUUGGACUACCUAUUUAAAAUUUUAUCCAUGCCGAAAACACGCAAAAAUCUCGCAUCUCUUGUGGCAAGUCUGCCAACAAGCCGUCAACAAGUUGUGUUCGCAAUGCUUGUCCCAAGUUGUCAACAACUAUGGAACAAGCUGAUAACAACCUGUUGUCGAUAUUAUCAGGCUUGUUUACAAGGUUGUUCCAACAAGUUCAAUAACAUUUUUGUUACAACCUUGUAACAUUCUUGUUACAUCAUGACUCUAUAAAACGUCGUGUUUGAACAACCUUGUAACAAGUCUGAUAAUGGCAUCAAGCUUGUUACAAGUUGCUAACAGCUUGUUCCAAACUUGCAACAAGCAGUUUCGUAACACCUUGUGCGUUAUGUGUGUGUACCAAAAAUUGAGCGUAGAAGAAUGUACUAUAUGUAGCCUACCACUCUACAUGUUCAGUUGUAAACUGAAACUUAUUUUGCAUAGAUUUCAACUGGUCACAUAUUUCAAGAACGGAACAUCGCCAGAAAAUGUAUCAAGCGUCGAAAGCAAUAUAACAGAACCGUUUCAAACAGGUAUGUGGUAAUAAUUCGUAUAUAUGCCUAGUAUCCUUUGUUCUCGUCUCCGCCCCUGGCAGAAUAUGCUUGCGCAGUUGUGUCAAAAAUGCAUGCCGGCAAAUAAACAAUUCCCAUUAUAGACUAAUUUUAAAGCUAGUCAAGGAGAUGCAAAUAAAUCACCACAGUUAGAAAGAGAAUACUAAAAAGAGUAAAAUUGCAAAGUUUGGUUGCGAAAUGUUGUGAAAUGCGGAAAAUAUAGCCUUGUAAAGUUUGCAAAUUUUGUAUACUUUUGUAUCGUGUGCGGGAAAUUGCUGCCAUUUUCGGCCCAAAUGUGUUACGUCCCUGAUGGUAGGCUUAUAUACGGGGGAGGGCUUGUGUUCGGUGGGCUUAUAUUACGGUCCUACAUGCAAUCAUGAUAAUCAUCUGUGUGUUGUGUGCUAAGUAAUGAAAUAAUAGGACAUGCUAAUUUCUGUUUAGAUUUUAUAUGAGCAAUGUAUGAUCAAUGCCCAAUGCAAAUUUUCAACGUGAAGCAGUAGCUUAAAUUGAACGAUAACAAGCGAUGGAAACUGAAGCCAAAAUCAAAUAUUUGUACAAUUUUGUUUUUCAGCUUGCAGUUGUCCAAAUGGAAACUCGUUCAUCGAACGAACAAUCACCAAAAAUAACAUCAUCAAACGUUCGAACGAUGACAUCAGCUUGGAAUUUAAAACGACUAAAGCCGACGGACUCUUUUUGUACGGCAAAGGUGGUCUUCGUGACUUUAUUCUACUGAAACUGCAGAGUGGGAAUAUAGUAUUCGAAGUUGAUCUGGGAUCUGGUAAGGUGAUAGAAUCCAUUUAGGACCGGACUGCAAGAUAUUUAUUGCUUAUGGCACCGAAGAGAAAAGGGUUGGGUAAACAAAAGUUUGAGUGAGUAAAAGGUUGGGUAAAUGAAACUAAACAAAACAACUCAAGGGUUGGGGAAUAAGAAUUUAUUGUCAUUUCCAAAGCAUGACUUUCUCAAAUACUGAAGACUGAAAAGCAAUGUUAAUACUUAUAUGUCAAUACAAUAUGUGAAUCAAUCAGAGUCACUAUCUUGAUCAUUUUCCGAUUUGUAAGGAGGAGGAUGGUGUCUCCAAAGAAAGUACUUUUUCCAACAGUGUCGUAACACUGGAAUUUUUUUCGGAAUCUUUGCUAUGGAAAUGGUGUGGAUCUUCUAUACUAAUUGCAAUUUACAUAGGCUAUGGAUAUAGUAUGAAUAUACUAUAGGUUUAGCGAUGCAAGAUUGCAAAUUCCAUAGUACGAAUUUCACUAUUUUUAACUUAAAUAUUUUAACUUAAAUAGUGGAUACAUGUAGAUGGCUUUAAAGUAAAGUGAGUUCAUUUUGAUCCAAUCCCAGUACUAUAGACAUUGUACCAUUGGUACUAGUAAUGAAUUAAUUUAAACCUCUGACUCUGUGCAAUAUAUCUUAGGCAAUAUUACAGUGCGGGUUCCUUCAGGAAGUCUAAAUGACAACGCUUGGCACAAGGUUGUGGUGGAAAGGCGAGGGAGAUCUGUCAAAGUAACUGUAGAUGAUCUUUCUCAACGUGAGUAUGACAUUUAUACUAAGGGGGGGGGGGGGCAGGGUAUACAGGGUGUAUAAAAAAAAAGUAAUCGAACUUCAGCGCGCUAUUGUAUCCGAAUUACUCUGCGUAUGAACGAGAUUUUAACACAUUCGGAAAGAUCAUGCUUUUAGCUGUUGAAUGAUAUCUUCUUCAUGCCAAAUGGAUAAAAAAUGAGCAAAUACGAAUCCGAUAAAAAAUGUUAGUCAGAAUCGCAUAUUUUCACAGUUGAGAGUUGGGUCUAAAACCAUUGAAAAUGAACUCCCUUUGGUACUUAAGUUGAUGAAUUUCACUUCAUUAAACUACGCACAUAUUCAUAAUUAUUAUUAAGUAGGAAUAGAUCUUAGCUAAGCUACGAUACGUUAGUGAUUAAUUGCUUUUUCUUUUGUUAUGCAUUGUUUUAAUUAGGCACAGAGGUGAAAAUAUGCGAUUUUGACUAACAUUUUUGAUCGGCCUCGUACAUGCUUAUUUUUUCUCCACUUGGUAUGAAAAGCAUGUCAUUCAAUAUGUAAAAGCCUGAUCUUUCCAAAUAUGAAAACCAAUUGUUCAUAUGCCGAGUGAUUCACGUAUAAUAGCGCGCUGAAGUUCGAUUAUCUUUUUUUUAUACACCUUGUAUAGAGCACGAAUUGUAAAGGGGUUCUUUUUAUAGAUGAAAAAUGCAACCAUUCAACAGCAUAAAAUAGCAUAAAGCCAAGGAGAAAAACUACAGAAAAAUGGUCAAACUAGUCAUACUAUUAGUUCGAGUAAAAAAGGUUCAACUGGCCAUAAAGCAAUAAGUUUUUAAUGUUUUACGCGGCGCUGCGUUAAAUCAUAGCCUAUCGAAGGGAUGAUGGCUGUGAAACUCAUCUGAAUAACAAUAUAUAACUUAUUACAAAGUCUUGAAUGGCUACAUCGGCGCUAACCUUAAGGAGUCUCUAAUAUUGAGAAACACUCGCUAAACUGAGAAACCGAUCUGAGAAAUAGUCUAACAGAUUUAACCCUUCCUAAACCAAAACGAGAGUACCUUAAAAAGAGUUUCAAUUAUAGUGGAGCUAAAUUGUGGAAUAGCCUCCCGUUUGAUGCAAAGGUAGCGGAAUCUGUUAGCCAAUUUAAGAAUAUUAUUAGAGGUAAUGAUAGCUAAAUGAUAUUUGUGGUCACACCAGUAACAUUUAUAAUGUAAAUAUUUCUUUUUUGUAAAUAGUUAAUAUUUGACGCCCCCCGUGGAAAUCAGCUAAUUGCUGUCGGGGCCAGCGUCAUUAAAUGAAGUUUUACCAUACCAUAGCAUACCAUUAUCUAUAUUAGUCAACGUUUAUUCAUAAAUCAGGUCCUUCACCGUCACGUGUGCAUUGUAUUUUUGCCAAAUCCACCAAUAGCAAUUUCCAAUUUACUCUAUUGCUCGAGUCACGGAUAGGUAACUUUCCCAAAACAUUGCGUUUGGUUAAUUGGGCAAAAAUACAACGGACCAGAUUUACAAUAAACGUUGACUAACAUAGAUAACGAGUUAUAUUGUUAUUCUAAUGAGUUUCACAGCCAUGUUCCCUUCGACAGGCUAUGCCUAUGGUUAAAUUAAUCAGCACAUAGUCGUAUGCUAUUCAAAUUAUAACAAUACAGUGAAUUUUAAAAGGUCUCCUUGUUUCUGAGACACCAUGUAUAUACAUAAAGUUGUGGUUAGAGCUCGACAACUGUCUCCUUGUAGCUCAGCUGGUUAGAACGCUGCACCGGAAUUGCAGGUUCGCUCUGUCUAUUUUGUUCUGCCUAACGCCUUUACUUGUCAAUUAAGGAGAGCUCAAUGGGUUAAAAUAUUUUAUUUCUAUAAUUUCAGAGAUUGCUACAACCACUGGCAUCUUCACCUCACUUGAUAUCAAACCCCAGAACGGGCUGGGCGCUGCAAUGUACUCUCUGGGCGGUCCAUCAGGAAUUCGCUACGACGUCAACUUCCAAGGAUGUAUUCGAAACUUUGUGAUUGAUCAAAUGAAACCUGUCGAGUCCUAUCUACAAAACGACGCCGACUAUACGAUGUACGGCUCCACAACCAUGGGAACUUGUUAGACUGUUCUGAAGUUUGAACAGUUGUUUAUGUCGAUUCUAUUUGUAUGUCAGUUUUUUAUAGCAGUAUAUAGAGGAGCAGGGUAUAUAGAGCAGGCUAAGCUAGGCUAAUAUGUGGACUCAAAUACCUAUGUUUUAAAUGCAUGAUAAUUUUGUUAUAGGAUUAAUGCUAGAAAGUUAGUCUAUAUAGUUUCAUAAAUCUGUAUUUGAAUAUUAGACUAUACCUUGUUCGCUUUACGAGUUUGUAAAUCUGACAUUUUCCAGAAAAGCUCCAAAAUUCGAUUGUAAUACUGCCCAUUUUGGAAAAUGGAAAGCCCUAAGAUGACCAUUGAUACCAAUAUUCUC